AUGUCCGCGGUUGCGGAUACGUACCCAAAGUACACCAGCGAUAGAGAUAACCACGGCCAUGCCCUUAUUACCGUGCAGGCUGACCCCACCGUUGGACAUGUUGGACGAGCCAGAAGAAGCAUUACUACGAGAUGA